UGGGAUCACUUAGAGACGCUUGUAGUCGAUGUCGGAGGCGGAUCCGGGAAUCUUGCAAGGAUUCUAACAUCUUCCACAAACCAUAUAUCCUCUUUCGUGCAAGACCAUGCUCAUGUUAUUGCCCAUGGUGCAGGGAUGGUGCCGGCCGAACUACAGUCUAGGAUUGAGUUCCAGGCCCAUGAUUUCCUCGAGCGACAGCCAACGACAGGGGUCGACGUUUUUGUCUUCGCAAGAAUUUUCCUCAACUGGAGCGACAAGUACUGUGUUCAAAUUUUAAGAGCGCUGGAUCCAGCAAUGAAGACAGGGGCGAGGUGCUGA